AUGGAAAAAAAGCCAAGAAAUAAAUGGAAAUCUGUUGAUCCCAACAGAAAUCAGCGCUAUGUUACAACUACUGAAUUAGAAGAUGCGGAUGAAAGAGCGAUUUAUAUGAAAGAUUUAUAUAAAAGAAAACAAGUAUAUGGAAUAUGUGGGGAAUGUAAUGAACCUGGCACUGGACAAAAUUGGUGUCAACCUUGUAAUGCUAAAAGAUUUGAGGAUAACUUUAAAAAUUGGACUAGUGGAAAUAAAGAUAUUGAUAAAGUUAUACAGGAAUCACAACUUAAUGCUGUACAUUUUAAAAAAUUUCUUGAAUGGAUACCUUUUGAAAAAUUUCAAAAUAUCACUUAUGUUGCAAAAGGUGGUUUUGGUAAAAUAUAUUCUGCUGAAUGGCCUGAAGGAAUUAGCGAAUAUUGGGAUAUUGAAAAUCAAAAAUGGCAUAAAAUUACAGAUUUGAAAGUUGCAUUGAAAAGUUUGGAUAACUCUUCUGAUAUAUGUUCAGACUUUUUAAAUGAAAUUAAAUCUCAUCUUGAGAUUUUUCUUUAUGAUACUAUUCAAUGUUUUGGAGUAACUCAAGAUCCAAAUACUAAAGAUUAUAUGAUGGUUUUAUAUUAUUGUAGUAAUGGGAAUUUAAGAAAUUUUUUGAAUAAAUAUAGAUCGAAAAAUUAUUUAAGUUAUGAAUUAAAAAUUGAUAAAUUACUACAAAUUGCAAGAGGACUUCUUGAUAUUCAUAAUGCCGGAAAAGUUCAUAAAGAUUUUCAUCCAGGUAAUAUACUGUUUAGUCAUAAAAAUUUACCAUUUAUAAGUGAUUUAGGAAUGUGCCGACCAGCAAAUAAGUAUUCAGAUCAAAAGGAAAGGAUUUAUGGAGUACUACCAUACGUGGCACCAGAAGUUUUACGUGGACAUCAUUAUACAAAAGCAGCAGAUAUUUACUCAUUUGGAAUAAUAAUGAAUGAGUUUCUUUCUGAAGAAACGCCUUAUAGUAAUAUUUCUUUUGAUGGGUUUUUAGCUAUUAAAAUAUGUCAAGGAUAUAGACCAGAAAUUUCUAAAAAUAUACCACAAUUACUUGCAGAUAUAAUAAUUAAAUGUUGGGAUGCUGAAAUAAAAAAUAGACCAACCACUAAAGAGUUGUAUCAGAUAUUAAAAAAAUGGAAUGAAGAAAAAAGAGAUAAUGAAACUGUAAUUUAUUCUCAAUUAAAAGAAUGUAAUGAAAUUGGAAAAAAAAAUUUUGAAAGUAGAUUAUCCAAAAAUACUCAAUCACAUUCGCAAGCAAUUUAUACUAGUAAACUUUUAAAUUUUAAAAAUCUUCCAAAACCAGUAAACUCUUCAAAUUUAUCAUCUUUUCAAUUUAAUUUAGAUAUUAAUAAUAUUCCUUCAUUAUCAAUUUUGGAAAUUCCAACUUCAGAAUGCUUAGAUCUUCAAUUAAAUGAAUCAGCAAAUUUAAACAACUGA